AGUAUUCGCCGCGGGUAUGAGGUGUACAAACAGGUGUGCGCCGCCUGUCACGGCAUGAAGUACGUGUCCUAUCGGGAACUGGUGGGUGUGUCCCAUACGGAGGCCGAGGCCAAGCAGGAGGCCUCAGAGAGCCAAGUGCUGGACGGCCCGGACGACAAGGGGAAGAUGUUUCUACGGGCGGGCAAACUGUUCGACCGCUUCCCGUCGCCCCAUCCCAACGAAGAGGCCGCCCGCGCGGCCAACAACGGCGCCCUUCCGCCCGAUCUCAGCGUUAUUGUGCUCGCCCGAGACCGAGGCGAGGACUACAUAUUCUCGCUGUUGACCGGCUAUAUGGAAGCGCCAGCGGGUGUAGUGUUGGCCGACGGCAUGCACUUUAACCCAUACUUUGUGAGCGGUUCGGGCGCCAUAGGUAUGGCACAGGCGUUGUUCAGCGAUAUGAUUGAGUACUCAGACGGCACGCCCGCCACACAGAGCCAGUUGGCCAAAGAUGUGGUCACUUUCCUGUCGUGGGCGGCGCAGCCCGAGUACGAUAAACGCAAAAAGGCCACAAUUGAUGUGCUGCUAAUAAUGUUACCAAUGUUGGCACUGUUGUGGUACUGGAAUCGGCACUUGUGGUCGAAUAUCAAAACGCGUCAAAUACUGUUCAGAGAGACACCGAAACCGCCGAAGAAGUCUUAAUCGCCGCCAC